AUGACUGGGACUCUCCCGCUGGCUCGGUCGGCCAUCUUAGGACACAGAUUGUCCUUAUCAGAGGGAACAGCGGAGAACAAGCAUGUGGCAGAUUUCGUCAAAAAGAACAGCGCCCGGGGUCGGGCCGAACAAAGCGCAGCGCAGGCCCUGAGGCGCCACCUGCGGUCUCGGAGCAGGGGUGGCGCGGGGAGCCGGCGGCCAGGCUCGCUCGCAGCCGGGGAAUGCCACAGGGAUAGCCCCCGCCGGGCCCCGCCCGGGGCCCGCGACUCGGCCUCCCAUUGGCUGCCAGCCGCCGCAACCUGCGGGCCGCUGAGCCCAGAGGCUCGGGGAGGUGGCACCUGGCGGCGCGCGGCGGGCCGCGCUGGAGCCGGCCUGGCGGGGGUCGGGCGGUGGGUCCCCCUGCUGCUGUGCCUGCUGCAGUCCACUCGAGGGAAGCCCCAUCUGGCCCCUCCCCAGAACGUGACGCUGCUCUCCCGGGACUUCAGCGUGUACCUGACAUGGCUCCCAGGGCCUGGCUACUCCCAGAAUGUGACCUAUUUUGUGGCCUAUCAAAGUGCUGCGACCCCCAGACGGUGGCGAAAAGUGAAGAAGUGUGCAGGAACCAAAGAGCUGGCAUGUUCUUUGAUGUGCCUGGAGAAACAAGACCUGUACAACAAGUUCAAGGGGCGUGUGUGGGCGGUUUCUCCCAGUGCCAGGUCCCCCUCGGUGGAGUCCAAGUACCUGGAUUACCUUUUUGAAGUGGAGCCAGCGCCCCCCGUCCUGGUAGUCACUUGGACAGAGGAGAUCCUGAGCAUCAAUGCCACCUACCAGCUGCCUCACUGCAUGCCCCCACCGGAUCUGAAGUAUGAGGUGGAUUUCUGGAAGGAAGGAAUCGGGAACAAGACGCGAUUUCCGGUCACUCCCCGCAGCCAGCCAGUCCACAUCCCCCUGCAGCCAGCCACCAGCGGACACCAUUGCCUCAGUGCCAGAACAAUCUAUACCUUUGGUGAUCCUAAAUACAGCGACUUCUCCAAACCUACCUGCUUCUUCCUGGAGGCCCCAGGAGCCAGCUGGGCAUUCCUGGUGCUGCUACCACUUCUGCUUCCCCUGCUGUUGGUCAUUACCAUAGGCUAUGUGAUCUGGAAGCACUUCAGAGAGAACCCGUGGUUUCAGCAAGCAAAGAUGCCGUGGGCCCUGGAACUGACCAGAAGGGUCAGGCCGAGCCCUGGAGUCAGGACCCCAGCCACCGUCCAGGCAAGAUCAGAGAAGAACAGUGCUGAGGAGGAGGAAGACACAGACGACCAUGUCAGCUUUCAGCCCUACCUUGAGCCACCCCUCUUCCCAGGGCAGGAGCACCAGAUACCGGGGUGCUCUGAAGCAGGUGACACCUGGAGUUCCCCCGUCCAGGUCGAAGACUCCUCUGCUGCAGAUGCUUCAGACAGAAGCUGGGCCAGCACGGGAGGCUCCUCCCCUUGGGAUGAGCCUGGGUCCUCUUGCUAUUUGGCCAAGAAGAAGCCAGGCCAAGGGCCAGUGGGGGACGGGUGUCAGGAGCCUCUCCCACUGCUCGAAUUCUCCAAGGACUUGAGUUUCCUGGACAAUCCCCUGAAAGAUGACCUCUCCUCCUGGGCCCGCUGGGGCUCCUCAUCACCAAGGCUGAAUCUGGUCCCUGGGGAGCCCCCAGUUUCUCUUCACACACUGACCUUUUGCUGGGACAGCAGCCCUGAAGAAGAAGAGGAGGAGGAGGAAGAAGAAAGUGAAGGGGGAGGAGGGAGGGAAUCAGAAAUUGAGGAUGAUAGUCCUAGCAAUUGGGGGGCUGGGAGCCUAUGGAAGACUGAGGUCAGAGGUGGGACACUGGGGCAUUACAUGGCCAGGUGAGCUGUUCCCCAGCUUCUCUCCAAGUCUGGUGCCACUGAGCUUGCCUAGGACCCGAGAUGCCACCGAGACUUGAGAGCCUGGGAGCAUCACCACUGAGGCCAUGGAGGGUUCUUGCAGCAUUUCGGAAACCCCAGGGUUGGUGUCAAUUAGCUUGAGCAGUAAGAAGCCGCCCCAUCCUUUUUGACUCACCGACUUUGGGCUGAGCUCCAAGAGAAGUGGAGACAAGAAUGGGCUGAGGUCAGAGGUUGAUUGGGUGUCGCAUCACCCCACCGGCUUUGGGGUGACAGGCCAGUUAGAAAAAUCAUCCCUGAACAACAUGAAACAGGUGAAGUCAGGUCACAGUGGACACCAAGGGCUAACACCACAAGGGGCCAUCUGGAUCUAGAGGGAGGGAAUUUGGAGCACAUCUUUAUCAGUGUCAUGCCUUUCUCUGACACCUCCUGAGCGCCCCCACCCCCAGGUCUCAGCCUCCUGGUUCAUGAAUCCUCUACGGUGGG